AGAGGAUAUAAAGAAAAAGAAUCAAUACAAAUCUCAGUUACCCUCAACACACAGGAGCUUCAGUAUUGUAGACCAUUGUGCGUAAAAGAUGGACUCAAAACUUACGAUUUUAGCCGUCUUUUUGGUGCUUUUGGCGAACGUCGAAUCAAGAUCAACUGUUCGAAGCCUAAGCUCAGUUUACCGUGGACAGAAUUGCAGAGGAGGAAACCUCAUUAAGAUUCAUACUGAAAAAUGUUCAACGUUUUCAGGAAAACGGCACUGUGUAGCAAAAUGUGACGGUUCUCGUACUUCAGACCCUACGACAAGAAUUAAAAUUGAGUCCGUGGGAGGAAGGAAGUGCAUCCAAUUCACUAAAAACGAAAACGGAACUCAAUACCUAUAUGCCUUAAAGGUCGUCAACGGGACCAAUGUUGUUUUUGAGGAAAGUGGUUGCCAAAAACCAAUUGAGGACGGUUUCCUCUUUGAAGAGUCAGUAAUAAGGAUAAGAAGUGGAAACUCGAAACGAUUUGUGUAUAAAAAAUACAACACCAUGUGUCUAGCCACUGAUUGCGACGGAAAUCUUUCUCUAAUUAGUACAACAAACAAAAUUAAGAGCAUGUGCAGGUUUCUUAAGCUUAAAUAAGUAGCAAUCAUCUGUUAAAGCUGAUGGUAAUGACGAUAAUCUGUUUUUGAUUUUACAUCUGUCCAGCACUUAUAUCGCGACAAUAACAAUUCAGGUAGCGUAAAAGUAAUUUACAGAGGAGUUUAA